CUGUCCUAAAGAUGGCACUGGUAGAAGAAGAUCCUGAAGAACAGAAUGCUGAUGUGGACCAGCAGAACCCAGAGCACCUCCACAUAAAGGAGGAACUGAAGGAACUCUGGACCAGUCUGGAGAGAGAGCAGCUCCAAUUGGAACAGGAGACUGAUGCCGUCAGGUUUCCAUUCACUGCAGUUUCUAUAAAGAGUGAGGAUGGUGCAGAGAAACCUGUGUUAUCACAGCUUCAUCAGCAACAAAUAGAAGAGACAGAUGUUCCAACCAGCAGCUCAGCUGACCAGAUGACAGCAGGAACAGGUGGAGAAGGAGAAACUAGCAGGAACUCAGAUCUAAACCCUCAUGAACAGACAUCUGACUCUGAUCUGUCAGACUUCUGGCCCGAAACUGGAGAAAGAGACAAUGACUCAAUAUUUAGCUGCCCAGAAUGUGGUAAACAAUUUGUCCAAAAGUGGUCUCUCCAGAUACAUUUGAGGGUGAUGGGUCAUUCAGAAAUAAGUUCUUCAGAUGGUUUGGUUAAUAAGAAAUUUGAUGGUGUGAAGCAACUCGUAGACUCACGCAGGAAACUGAAAUCAUAUAGUUGUCAUUACUGUAGAAAACGAUUUGUUUCAAAAUCACAUUUAGAGAGUCAUGAGAUUUUCCACACAGAACAAAAACCUUUUGUUUGUGAACUUUGUGGACAAAGAUUUACUAAAAAGCCAAGUUUAAACAAACACCUGAGAGCUCACUCAGGACAGAAACCUUUUGUUUGUGAGCUUUGUGGACAACGAUUUAGUGACAAGACAUAUUUAACUCGUCACAUGAACGUCCACACAGAACAUAAACCUUUUGCUUGUGGGCACUGCGGAAAAAGAUUUAGCAGGAGGCCAUAUUUAACCAGUCAUGUAAAAGUUCACACAGGACAUAAACCUUUUGCUUGCGGGCACUGUGGAAAAAGGUUUUACAAAAGGUCGUACUUGAACAGUCACACGAGAGUCCACACAGGACAGAAGCCUUUUGCUUGUGAGCUUUGUGGACAGCGAUUUAGUCAGAAGAAAACUUUAAAUACACACAUGACAGUCCACACAGGAAAGAAACCUUUUGCUUGUGGGCUUUGUGGACACAGAUUUUGCCAGAAGAAAAGUUUAAACAGACACAUGAGUCUGCACAAGACAUGAAGAGCUAAUUUACCAACUCGAGUAUCUAAAGGACCCUUGUAGUCUUUACAUCAAAGAUGUCAGUUUUGUACUCCUGGUGGCAGUCCUCUACCCUAGAUCUUAGCUACAUUAGGCCCAUAAGCCACCUCUUUCUGGGCCUCAAGCCAGAAUAGACUACAGUAAUACAUUCCUCAUUGGGAUCCCUGAAAAAAAUCAUUCAGAGAGUAGUACAUUACAUCCACAACUCAGCGGAUCCAACGCUGAAACGUCUGCCCACGUGGCAGAACGCCCGCCGCUGUCUGCUGAUGUGCUGCUCGUUCCACGAUGAGGGAAGGACAGCCAGAUCCCACGCAGAAACGCCUUCUGUCCCAAUGACCGCUCCACACUCCGUGCUUCUUCCAGACGCGCGCUGUUCCUCCAGCGAUCAGGAAACAGCUGAUCCAAUUACUUCUCUGCUGCCUUGAUUGCAGAGGACGCCAACCUUCCUUCGCCGACGGGACAGUUUUUUACCUUGAAAUAAAGCGCCAGUGCCCUAUACACUGGCACUACCUGGUAGCUGUUGCGGGUGGUCUUUACGUGUGCAUUAAGAAAUGCAGCUUGAGUUUAUUUCUGAUGAUGUUUAUUACUUGUCUUGUUCCAGAAUGUCCAGGAUCCAUUUACAGCCGUUAAAUUGGUUUGCAGUGAAUGCGUUACUUGCCCCAAUGACAGUCCGCAGAGUCCUUUACAUCCAGCCACAGUCCUCGCCACACAGUAAAAAACUGUUUGUCCCAUCCAGCCACACCUGAGUCCAAUCUGUGUUGGCUUAAGUAGGCUGGUGCUUCCACAAGCAAUUAACCAAUAACAUGAGGCCAAGCCUCCUCUCAAGUGCACAAAAAGAAAUGACACAUAUGGCUCCUACAACAGCUCUGCCAAACUGUACCACACCCCUAACUAAAUAUUCAGAGCUCCACAUCCUCAUACUUUUCAUGUCCAUACUUUUCAGUUGCCCAAAAUUUUCUAAAAUCUCUUUUUGUGCAUUGGUCUUAUUCUAAUAUUUUCAGACACUGAAUUUGGAAUUUUCAUUGGUUGUUUGUUUUAGUCAUCAAAAUUAAAGAAAUAAUCAUUUGAAAUAUAUCAGUCUGUGUUCAAUGGACGCAUCUAAUAUACAAGUUUAACUUUUUCUAAUGGAUUCACUGAAAUAAUUCUACUUUUUCCAUUAUAUUCUAAUUUUAUGAUCCGCAGCUACAGGUAGUUUCAUGGGUCACUUGUUGGCCUCCCGACCAAAUGAGAUCUUGGCCAUGGACUACACUGUGUUAGAACAUUCCUGCGGUGGGUGGGAAAAUGUUCUAGUGCUAACGGAUGUAUUUAGUAAAUACACUUUAGCGGUUCCCACCAGCAAUCAGCACGCAUCUACUGUGGCUCAGGUGUUAGUCACGGAGUGGUUCUCAAAGUUCGGAGUGCCCGCCCGCAUCCACUCUGAUCAGGGGCGGAACUUUGAGAGCACCAUCAUCCGUCAGUUGUGUGGCCUAUAUGACAUUGAGAAAACGCGCACUACCCCAUACCACCCUGCAGGUAAUGGGCAGUGCGAGAGAUUUAACAGGACACUACACCGUCUGCUGCAGACGUUACCUGUUUCUAGGAAACGAGACUGGAAUUCUUGUCUGCCGCAGUUACUGUAUUGUUACAACGCAACACCUCAUCAGGCGACAGGAGAGUCUCCAGUUUUUCUUGAUGUUUGGACAAGAACCUAGA